CGGAACAAAUAAUGUCCGCGGACAAAUAUCCAAGGAUAUUUUCGCGCCAAAUGGAGGCUAUUGUUUAUAUCGAACGUGACCUAUUUCAGCAACUUAGGUAACACGCACAAGGACUUCUCUCUGGCUUGCAGAAUCUCGAAAACUCAUCAGCGUUCAACAAGAUUUGAUUUUAGCUAUGAUAUCUAUUUUCAUUCAGUUGUGACAAAGUUGUCGUGGUGAGUCUUAUUACUAAUAAUUGACACACAUUAGCUGAGCGACGAUCCGACAACGUUUCCAAUCCUUCUUACGAGACCGACAAUCAGAAACAUGCAUGUUGUUUUUUUCAGGUGGAGUCCCACGUGAGGGACGAUUGUCUGAUGACUAUGGUGCACUGUCCUUACGAGGAAGCUGGAUGUACGUUCCAUGACCAAAGGAGUAAUUUGAAUGAUCAUCUUGAGACCUCGAAUGAGGAGCAUCUGAGAAAAACAUGGUCUAAGCUCCUAAGGACAACAGAGCGAUUGAAGGAGCUUGAGGCAGUGGAAGGUCAAAUUGAAGAAUUGCAAACCGAUAAAGAAUCCAUGAAAAUGUUACUGGAUGGCAAUAGCGAAGAAAUAAGCGACCUCAAACUGUCGGCGAAAAAGCUUGAGGUGGAAAAUAUGGCACUGAAGAAAGACGUAGCAGCGCUGCAAAAACAGCUAGAAGAAGUAAAACUUACCGCUGCUGGUGACAAGGAAGAGGUCCGUUCACUGAAAGCGGAAUUUAACGCAUUGAAGAAAGACGUGGAAGAAUUGCGAUAUAGUACCCCUGAAAAGUCCGAGAAGAAAAUGAAUAAUUAUUGGGCUUGCCACCCGCAAUCAGUGCGGCUGAAACCUAAUUAUUCAGUCUUGCAUACAGAAACCGCGAUAGAAGGACAAAAAGCAUCGGGUAGCAUGGAGAGCUCAGCAGAGGAAAGCAAAGUACUCGUGGGUAAGAGGAGAGGUACUCAAAGCUGCAUCAGAUAUGAGAUAUAA